CAGGUGGGCGCAGCGGGUCCCGGGGCGGGGCGGCUGCCGUCUGCGCCUGGGCUGCCCGCACUAAGUAUGGCGGCCGCCGGCCUCAGCCCGCGCGCCGCCCGCGAGAGCCCGGCGCGCGCCUGCCCGAGCUCGGCAUGGCGGCCAAAGGGACCCGGCCGCGGUCGAGGGGAGGCGGCGGGGAGCCGGUCCGGCCGCGAGAGGAAGGGCCGGGGCCGGGGCCGGCGGAGGCCAAGGCGGAGCCAUCUGGGAACAAAGCAGGGCAGGUCUGGGCACCUGAAGGAUCCACAGCUUUCAAGUGUCUGAUCUCAGCCCGGUUCUGCGCUGCCCUCUUGAGUAACAUCUCAGACUGUGAUGAAACAUUUAACUACUGGGAACCGAUGCACUACCUCGUCUAUGGGAAAGGGUUCCAGACGUGGGAAUACUCUCCAGUCUAUGCCAUUCGCUCCUAUGCUUACCUAUGGCUUCAUGCCUUGCCAGCCUUAUUUCAUGCUAGAGUUCUACAGACAAAUAAGGUUCUCGUCUUUUAUUUCCUGCGAUGUCUCUUGGCCUUCUUGAGUUGCAUUUGUGAGCUUUACUUUUAUAAGGCUGUGUGUAAGAAAUUUGGGCUGCAUGUGAGCCGGCUGAUGUUGGCCUUCUUAGUUCUCAGCACUGGGAUGUUUUGCUCAGCUGCAGCCUUCCUCCCCAGCAGUUUCUGUAUGUACACCACAGUGGUUGCCAUGACUGGCUGGUAUAUGGAUAAGACCUCUAUAGCUGUGCUGGGUGUGGCAGCUGGAGCCAUCAUGGGUUGGCCCUUCAGUGCAGCUCUUGGGAUACCUAUUGCCAUUGACUUGCUGAUAAUAAAGCGGAGGUGGAAGAGCUUCCUGAACUGGUGUCUGGUGGCCCUGAUCCUGUUUUUGGUUCCCCUUGUGAUUGUUGACAGCUAUUACUAUGGGAAGCUGGUAAUCGCUCCUCUCAACAUUGUUUUAUACAAUGUUUUCACACCUCACGGACCCGAUCUUUAUGGUACCGAGCCCUGGUCCUUCUAUUUUAUUAAUGGUUUCCUAAACUUCAAUGUGGCUUUUGCCUUGGCCCUGCUCGCCCUGCCGCUGACCUCCCUCAUGGAAUGUCUUCUACAGAAAUUUCAAGUCCAGAAUCUGGGUCGCCCAUAUUGGCUUACACUAGCUCCUAUGUAUAUCUGGAUCCUGAUUUUCUUCAGUCAACCCCACAAAGAGGAGAGGUUUCUGUUUCCCAUAUAUCCUCUUAUCUGUCUCUGUGGAGCUGUGGCUCUCUCUGCCCUACAGAAAUGUUACCACUUCACAUUCCAGCGUUACCGCCUGGAGCACUACACUGUCUCCUCCAACUGGCUGGCUCUGGGGACGGUUUUUCUCUUUGGGCUCUUGUCACUCUCGCGCUCUGUGGCUUUAUUCAAAGGGUACCAUGGGCCUCUCGACCUGUAUCCAGAAUUUCAUAGGAUUGCCACUGAUCCGACUAUUCACACAGUGCCAGAAGGGAGGCCGGUUAAUGUCUGUGUGGGGAAGGAGUGGUACCGAUUUCCAAGCAGCUUUCUCCUGCCAGAUGAUUGGCAGCUCCAGUUCAUCCCAUCGGAGUUCAGGGGCCAGUUACCGAAACCAUUUGCCAAGGGACCAGCGGCCACACGGAGUAUUCCUGCAGACAUGAAUGACCAAAACAGGGAAGAGCCAACCAGAUAUAUUGACAUUUCCAAAUGCCAUUACCUGGUGGAUUUAGAUAGAGCAAUUGAAACAUCAAGGGAGCCAAGAUACUCCUCCAACAAAGAAGAAUGGGUCAACAUUGCCUACAAACCAUUCCUGGAUACUUCCAGAAAGAAAAAGGAUGGCUGUCCCAGCCCCAGUCUCUAACUUCAGGUGUGAGAGGGGAAUGGUUCAGCAGGUGACCUGAGACAGUUGGAUUCUAUUUAUGUUAAUAGCAAAGAUCUAUGGCCACACCCAAACUCUUCUUGUGCUCAACACUGUGCAAGAAAGAAGAGGUUUUUUUUAAGCAGCGAAGUGUAAGAACUAGCAUUAUGUAACCUACACUAAACUGCUGCUUUCAAGUCAUUUGGAUUUGUUGGUCAAUGUUCCCUGAAUAGCUUAGGACUUACCUAUGCUUUUAUAAGAAACUGGUUUUGAAGAAUUACUUUCCUUAUUCAGUUAUCUGUGUAGUCAGUCAGUGAUCCAGAUGCAUUAAGCAAACAUUGCCUGUGCUGUGAAUGGGUGAUACCAAGAUCAGGGCUGUGCUAAAUGGGAUGCAUGUAAUAGAGAAAUGGAGCUAUGGUGUGAGGCUGUUAAUACAUUUUCUUCCUUCACAUUUGUCUUCUGAGAUCAAUUAUAUGAAAUAAACAGAGUUGUUUUGAAAAAGACUGUCCAGAGAACCCAACACUGGUAAUGAAAAAUAAGCAUGUUCCUAUUAUUUGUAUCUUGGUGUCUCAGCUGCAGCCUGCCAUUAGAAUAACUUAAAGGUAAUGCUACCAUGGUACUUGCUAAGCUUAUGGUGUAGAACAAUUUUCAAUUCCAUUUUAGCGCACUAAAGAUUUAAAAAUUAAAUGUACAUAUGCUUUAUUUUGUAUUAAUACACUGUAAUUGCUUUACAGAGUCCAGUAUACCAGUUGCAUGUAAUUACUACAGAUGAACUUGCCCAACUGGAGCUCACAAAACUAGUGCAUUUAUUCCAAAGCAAAGACUAAACCCUCUAACUCUUUAAAAAAAAUACAUUAAAGGACGUACCACACACACAUAUUGCACUUUUCUCCAUAUGAAAUUUUUACCCCAUAUACAUCUCACCAAAGUCUCUUCAGAGGAGCCUGUAAUACAAGAUACUAAAGGUAAUACUUAACUAUACAGUAGUAUACACAAUCCUCUGUUAGACACAACAGACUUGAACAAAAGCAGCCACUUCAAAGUAGCUUGAAUACAAUGAGUGAUGCCUAGGAAAUAGUCUAGUGUGGCAUUAGCAAUUUUUUAUUCUAAAGAAAAUGACAUGAAAUGUUAAACAGGCUAUCAGUUGAGGGAGCUCAUCUAAGCUACUUCAUGUUCAUAACAUUCAAAACUCUUUAGCUCCCUAGAUACCUGCAUUCCAAAACUCAGCAGUUUAAACUAGUUGAGACCCUCUGGUAAAAAAAAAUUACUAAAAUGAGUUGAGAGAGAGAGAGCGCACGUGGAAUUAUUGUUGUGGUUUGAUCUCUGUGCCCCUGAAUCCUGAUCCAUGCCAUCCUACUAUGUAUGGGGUUGUAGGGUUUGUUGUGGAAAUAGUUAAGAAAAGGGGCAGGCCAUCUUUUGUAACCCAACUCCCCGUGCAGAACUGGGCCUCUGAAUUUGUUGUUCAUACUAUGGAGACAUUUCCAUAUCCAUAGUUUUCUUCUACCUCACGCAGCUCUCUUGGUAUUCAGCUUGGCCUUGUGUUUCCAUAAAUGUUUGCUUAAUAUUUUAGGGGGUCUCUUGCUGCAUGUGGUCACCUGCCCUGGUGAGAUGCUUAGACUCCACUGGGCUGGCUCUUUGUUCCCCUGCUAGUUGCUUGUUCUCUACAGGUCACUUAAGAUCUAGGGGCUGUUCACCCCUUCUUUAGCUUACAUGGGAUUUCAAAUUGCCCACCAGCAAUGGCUUUGGAAUCACUGUGUAGUCAAUACCAAGCCUUUAUUGAACAAAUCUGACUGCACUACAAGUGGAUUAGUGACCAAUAUUACACAAUGUGCUGUAUGAACACCACAGGUCAGUCAGAUUUUAGCAUGCUGGGAAAUAAGGCAAUUGCUGGCAGCAGUGCUGAACUUUUUCUUGUUUAAAGCUGACUAAUAAACAGUCACUAGAUUUUUUUUUUUUUUUUUUUUUUUUUACCUUUGCCAUGUAAAUACUGUAUUAUUGCUCUGUGUGCUGGCUGCUUAUUCUCUGAAGGGGAAAAAAUGGUUCUGCAGUCUGAUCUUCGAUAACUCUGUUUAUGACAUGAAAUCAGUUGGUCAGAAAAUCCGAUAAGAAGUUUACUGGGCUUUUUUCAAUGUGUCAGGAAUUCUCUUCUGCCACCACCAAUUCAGUUCAAUGCGUUGGUGCUUUAUACAGUAACUGGAGAACUUGCCCAUGGGUCAGUGUAAAGUGACAUCCCAGAUUUUGUGGGUUUGGGAACUUGCAAGAAGACUGGUUUGCGAGUGAAGUCUCAGGCACAAGGCUGGCGAUUGUGUAGUGAUAGAUACAGAUGGAGCUAUUUUAGCAUAUUUAGCCUCUUUCCUCACUUUGAACUUACUGAAAAGGGAAACCUUACAGACAAAAGGUGUUUUUCAAAAGCAGUACCUGCUUCUCUGCUGUUCUUUGUGCUUUAAAGAACCUGCAUUGUGCUUAGCGUGUUCAUCUGCUCACAAAGGGCUAAACUCUCCAACUGUGGGGUACUAGGUUCUCCUUUAAUAUUGUCUCACAGUAUUUCAAACACUGGAGACGACCCAAAUUACAGUGAUUACCCAUGUCCCUUCUAUGGAUCCAAAGCCCAGCUGCUGUCUAGCAUUUUGUGAACUGCAAGAGUUUGGAGACUCAAGUCCUUGCUAAGAGUGAGUAUCUGUUGAAACGGUUAAUAGAGCAACGGUCUUGACUCUAAAUAUUGCUGUAAUACUUUUAACAUUUCACAUACAGAUGAGCAAUCAAAACACUAAGGAAGUUGCAUUGUAUUCCACAUGGUGGAACACAUGCUCUGAAGUGACUUUGGCUUUAGCAUGGAUAUAAAUGGGGUAUAGUCUACU